UGAGAGGGAUAAAACCUAAGGGUCUUGAGGGUGGGGGAUAGACGGAGAGGGCCAGGGAAGGUCUAUACAAGACGCUGGGACCGGGAGUCCAAGGAAGGGAGUGACCUGAAAGAGGGGGCCUUGGAGAGGAGGGCUGGGGGCUAGGGUAGGGCAGAGCAGGUGGGAGGAGACGGGAACCCGAUCAAGAGCUGGAACCCAAGAGCUGGUAAGGUGGUCGGGCGCGGAAGAGCGCGCAGAGUUGAGCCGGGCCCGCACCUCUCCACCCCCGCCCAUAGCCUCCAGCCCGGCGGCGUCCCGGCCCCCCACUCCUCGGCCCCCAAGUCUAGGUCCGAUCCAGCGCCCCCUCUCCUUUGGCUCGACCGGCCCGGGCCCCGCGAUGACCGUCACGUACACGGCGCGCGUGGCGAACGCGCGCUUCGGCGGCUUCUCGAAGCUGCUGCUGCUGUGGCGCGGGAGCAUCUAUAAACUUCUGUGGCGCGAGCUGCUCUGUUUCCUCGGACUCUACAUGGCGCUGAGUGCCGCCUAUCGCUUCGUGCUGACCGAAGAGCAGAAACGCUACUUCGAAAAGCUCGUCCUUUACUGCGACCGGUACGCCAGUCUCAUCCCGGUCUCCUUCGUGCUGGGCUUCUACGUGACGCUGGUGGUGCACCGUUGGUGGAACCAGUACCUAUCCAUGCCCCUGACAGACGCGCUCAUGUGCGUCGUGGUCGGCACAGUGCACGGACGCGAUGAGCGCGGCCGCCUCUACCGACGCACGCUCAUGCGCUACGCAGGGCUCUCCGGGGUGCUUAUCCUGCGCUCGGUCAGCACCGCGGUCUUUAAGCGCUUCCCCACCAUAGAUCACGUGGUGGAAGCAGGUUUUAUGACCCGCGAGGAGCGCAAGAAGUUCGAGAACCUAAACUCAUCCUACAACAAGUACUGGGUGCCUUGCGUCUGGUUCUGCAACCUGGCGGCGCAGGCUCGGCGCGAGGGCCGCAUCCGCGACAACGGCGCCUUUAAGCUGCUGCUGGAGGAGCUGAAUGUGUUUCGGAGCAAGUGUGGGAUGCUCUUCCACUAUGACUGGAUUAGUGUGCCCCUUGUCUACACCCAGGUGGUGACCAUUGCUGUGUACAGCUACUUCCUGGCUUGCCUCAUCGGCCGCCAGUUCCUGGACCCAGCACAGGGCUACAAAGACCACGACCUGGACCUGUGUGUGCCAAUCUUCACCCUGCUGCAGUUCUUCUUCUAUGCUGGUUGGCUCAAGGUAGCUGAGCAGCUCAUCAACCCCUUCGGAGAGGACGACGAUGAUUUUGAGACCAACUUUUUGAUCGACCGAUGCUUCCAGGUGUCAAUGCUGGCUGUGGACGAGAUGUAUGAUGACCUGGCCAUGCUGGAGAAGGACCUGUACUGGGACGCGGCUGAGGCUCGCGCUCCCUACACCGCGGCCACUGCCUUCCUGCUGCAGCAACCCUCCUUCCAGGGCUCUACCUUUGACAUCACGCUGGCCAAGGAGGACAUGCAGUUCCAGCGUCAGGACGGCUUGGACGCGCCGCCGAACGAACCACACGGCGACUUCCUGCAGCGCCUCCUGCCAGUGGGCGCGAGCAUGGGCACAGGUGGCCUGCUGGCCCGGCGCGUGCCCUUGCUGCGCCGCAAGAACAGCUGCGUGUCGGAGGAAUCCAUGGCUGCUAGCUGCGCGUGCGCGGGCGCUCCCGACGGCGCGGUCCCGGAAUGUGGCUGCGAAGGCCCGCUGCUCGACUUAGGCCAGCCGGAGCCGGAGUCUGAGCCCCCCACUGGCCCCGAGUCGCCUGCCCCUGUCCCCGCUCCCAGGGCGCCCGCUGAGCCCUUCACCGUAGUGCCGUUGCCUGGGACCCGGGGGCCGGCUCCGCCCUGGCUGCCCAGCCCCAUUGGCGAGGAGGAGGAGAGUCUAGCCUAAGACCUUUGGACCCUGAAUUCCCAAGGACAGGGAAACAAGCCUGCCUGCAGCAGUUUGGGUCUGCAUAAGCCGCGUGUGGACUCGGCCAGCCCCCUUCUUACCUGCCUGCGCCCCAACUUUACGUUUGGCACAGAGCGUUGGAGCGCCUCCUGUGGGCCGAGGGCUGCACUGAGGCCGGGAUAUCCUUCCAGCUUCUUUGAACAGCUGGGCCUUACUACCAGCUCUACUUCCCGCCACUGGCCACUGCGUGAGAAGCUUUUAUCUCUGCGACCUGCCUUUCUUCUUUCUUUAGACUGGACAUAUAAGUGAGUGCCCAUCUCCUGAGCUGUGUGGAUGAAAUGAA